GGAGAGAGACAGGAGAGAGGCCGGGGUGUCGGUGUCAGGUACGAGCCGUCUCUCAGGGGGUACAGUGCGGGGAAAAAACACGUAGAGGGCCACGGAUUCACGCGAACGCGUCGCUCCCCCCAAAAAUCUUGAUAUUUAAAAAUCAAAAUCACCCCCGAGGGCUGUUCGGUUAUCUGGGCUCCCCGUUUUUAAAGAAAGCUUAAGGCCGAGAUCGCCAAGGAACGGGUGUGUUGAGGCCGGUCUGCAGACGGGAGAGGCGCUGGCUUUCCCUCUGGAAGAAACCUGGAUGUUUUGGAGCGGCUCCGCCGCGGGUGAGCGGAGCCGAGGAAGACAGGGCAGCGCUAUGGGUCUGACGAAGUGACCGGCGGCUCGGAGAGAGUCCCAGUUCUCCCGGCUUCAAGAGACGUGGAUCAGGGGUUCGAGCCCUAUCCUGAACUCUCCUCUCCCCCCCAGUCCUGGAGGUCCUCUGAGCUCCACAUUAUGACCGAGAUGCGGAAGAAGCUCUUCCUGUGCCUUCCCUGCAUCUGCCUGGUCAACCUCUUCCUGUACGGCUUCGUGUUCCUGUCCGUCUCCCUGUCCCACCACCCCCCGGCCUCCGGGGCGUCCCGCGACAAGCUGCGCCCCUCGCCGGGCCAGCCCGUCCAAGCCGGGGGUGCCUUCUGGGCCACGGGGCUGGACGAGAGCGCGCUGUGGAACCUCCUCCAGCACAUGCUGGACCGGCGCCACAACCCCCUGCUCCGGGCCAACGCGUCCCGGCCCGCGGGGAACGGCUCGGAGCCGCCGGAGGGCGGGGCCACCCCGGGCCCGAGGCCCCCCCUGGCCGGGAUCUGGGCGGAGCAGCGGGAGUGGAGCGGGCCGUGCCGCAGGGACCCCCGCAUGGCCGCGCACCUGGGGGACUUCAACACGCUGCCGGGGCACGUGCAGGACUUCGUGGUGUCCAUGCACUGCCGGGAGUACCCCCUGCUCAUAGACCAGCCCCGGCUCUGCCAGGGCGGGGCCCCCACGCUGCUGCUGGCCAUCAAGUCCCAGGUGGGCAACUUCGAGAACCGUCAGGCCAUCCGAGAGACGUGGGGCAGGGGGGGGCAGCUCGGGCCCUGGACCGUGCAGACGGUGUUCCUGCUGGGGAGGCAGGACCCCUCCCUGGGCAGCUACCCAGACCUGGGGGGCCUGCUGCAGCUGGAGCAGCAGCUGCACCCCGACAUCCUGCAGUGGGACUUCAGGGACACCUUCUUCAACCUGACGCUGAAGGACGUGCUCUUCCUGCGCUGGUUCGCCCGGCACUGCCCGGCUGCCGGCUUCGUCUUCAAGGGCGACGACGACGUCUUCCUCAACACCGGCGAGCUGCUGCGCUUCCUGGCGGCGCAGGAGGCCGCCGGCGCGUCCCGGGACCUCUUCGUGGGGGAGGUGAUAGUGCAGGCUGCCCCCAUGCGCGACCCCGCCCUCAAGUACUUCGUCCCCGAGAGCUUCUUCAAGGGGGGGUACCCCCCGUACGCGGGCGGCGGGGGGGUGGUGUACUCGGGGCCGCUGGCUCUGCGCCUGGCCCGGGUCACCGAGCGCGUGACGCUGUUCCCCAUCGACGACGUCUACCUGGGCAUGUGCCUGCUGCGCCUCGGCGUCGCCCCCUCCACGCACCCCGGCUUCCGCACCUUCGACAUCGAGGAGAAGGACCGCGCCGAGCCCUGCGGCAUGUGCCUGCUGCGCCUCGGCGUCGCCCCCUCCACGCACCCCGGCUUCCGCACCUUCGACAUCGAGGAGAAGGACCGCGCCGAGCCCUGCGCUCACCGCCACCUCCUGCUGGUGCACCGGCGCAGCCCCUCCCAGACCAUCGCCCUGUGGCGCCGCCUCACCGACCCCCAGCUGCAGUGCUGACGGGCGCGAGGGGCGGGAGAGAGAGAGAGGAGGCUGUAGGGACAGUGAGGCUCGGGAGGGGAGAGAGAGAGGAGGCUGUAGGGACAGUGAGGUUCGGGAGGGGAGAGAGAGAGAGGAGGCUGUAGGGACAGUGAGGCUCGGGGGAGAGAGAGAGAGGGGAGGCUGUAGGGACAGUGAGGCUCGGGAGGGGAGAGAGAGAGAGAGAGGAGGCUGUAGGGACAGUGAGGCUCGGGAGGGGAGAGAGAGAGGAGGCUGUAAGCAGACUGAGGCUGACGAGGGAAGGAGGCGAGAGAUGGAAGAGGAAGUAGUUCGAGUAAGAGGAAGUGAGAUGAGGAAGGGGAGGAGGGUGAAAGAGAAGAGGCGAUGCGGAAUGAGAGAAGUCAGAGGAAGGAGGUGUGAGAUAGGAGAGAGGGAGGCGUGACAGAGGUGAUGGAGGGAGUAUGAGGAGUGAGGGGAGGGCAUACGUCAGGGUGCGAAGGAUUCUCCUCUUCCAGCCACAGAUCGACACACAGGCGUGACUUCCGGACCGAUUCCCCAGAUUUCUCUCUCAAGGAGUGGUGAAUAUUCAAGACCGCACACAGGGUUGCUGCUCUUCUUAAGGAACAGGGACAUUAUUCCAGACACGGCCCUGCCAGGUGGAGCCGGCGCUCCAGGAGCAGUUGGAGUGUCCGGCCGAAGACUGCAGGGCUGGCUGUUCUUACACCCAACGCACACAGUUGUAGAGGAAGUUUACCAUAGUAAAUAAACCUGCCUACAGCCUUUCUAAAACUACUGUAACUUUCAUAGCCCGUUCCUUAAAGACUCCUGUAAUUGCGUUUUAAAACCACGGAUACGGCUCACGGUUUUUAUAGCGCUUUUCAUAAUGAAAAUACCUCACCGGCCAAGAUGUCGAUCCAAAAUAGAGCAAGUUUACUAGA